CCGAUAGGGAGGAUUGCCAUAGGCGCCAUUUUCUCUAGAUACGCCUCUGGGCAAGGCUCCCCAGCUUUGAUAGCCUGAAGACCUACGUACGAAGUCGAGUACUUUACGGUAGCACUUCAACAUUGUAACGAGUCGAGCACUUUAACAGUUUAAUGAGGACCUAUAUCGUGCAACCUCGGUCCCUACGCAAGCUGAUCAAAGUACUCACCUAACCUCGUACUAACCGAAGCCAGUCAUGCCUGACUUCUGUGUUCUACUUCUAUGAUCAGUACACUACGGGACACUACUUAAAAAGCAAAUACAUGCCGAACUCUUAUGUAUGUCAAACUAUUAUGUCUGUCGAAAUAUUAUGUUUAAUUAUUAAUAACCUUUCUUCAUUUUACGUGCAAAUUAAGUCGGGUUUUUUUUAGAUGGUGCUACAAACUAUGCCUGACAAAAGUUAUCAAUGGAUUUACUGGACAUUGUGGAUUUUGAUUCUCUUGGCACAAGACUCUGAUCGCUCAAGCGAUAAGUGUAAUUCCUGACCCAGGCGAAGUGAUCUAACACACGAAUCAAAUAAAGUGGGAAUGACCCUUUAAAUUGCAUGUACUUUCUUACUCUACUACAAAAGCUGUAAGCAAAAUUUGCAAGAGAUUUGAAAUUAUUGUUAAUUGGUUUCAUGGACGAAUUUCAAAAUUCUUUUGAUUUCGAAUUUUGAAUCUAAUUUUUGAAGUUCCUAUUCGAAAUUAUCUUAAUUUGUUUUUUAGAUUUGAAGUAAUUAAAAAUUAUGGCGGAACUUAUUGAAUCUUCUUCUGAUAGAGUUCAUGCUGCUUCAGGAUCAUCUUCUGAAAAGCCUUUUGAAAAGGAGUUUCAAUUUUUGCAUCCUAAUGCAAUAGAUGAGACAAGAAGAAACUAUAGAGCACAUCCUAAACAGUGGUCAUCGUCAAGCUCCAACUCAAUUUCUACUCAAAUUCAAAUGCACUGUGCUACUCCUCCACCGAACAGGAUUAUAAUAGGAAAUGAGACCUCAGUCUCUAAGUCAUCAACUACACCUCAAUCUUGUUUGAAUACAAGAAUAUUAGCUAUUGUUGAAGGAAGAGGCAAAGCUAGAGGUGAAAUUGGAAUGGCGUGUAUUGAUGUAAAAAAUCCAGUCUUAAUUCUUUCUCAAUUUGCUGAUACCCCAGCUUAUAUUCGUCUUGCAGUACAACUCAAUGUGUUUAAUCCCUUGGAGGUAAUUUUGUCAAGUACCAUUCUAGAAUCUGGGGCAAAAAGUAAACUUAUUUGUAGAAUUCAAGAGCUUUUUCCCGAAAUCUCAAUCGUUACCGUCCAGCGAAAAUAUUUCAAUGAAACAAGAGGCCUGCAGUACAUUCAAGAGCUUUGUGCACCAGAAUAUAAAGCUGUGGAAAUUGAAGUUAGUCCUAAGUAUUAUUGUUUAGCUGCAAGUGCUGCUUUGUUAAAAUAUGUUGAAUUUAAACAAAAUAUGACUUACGCUUUGAAUUCUUUGAAAAUUAUUUACUGUACCAGCGCAGACACUACCAUGAUAAGUACAACAACAGCCCGCUGCCUGGAAUUGGUGACCAAUGAAAUGGGAAGAAAGGAACAUUGUUUCUAUAGUGUUUUAAACCACACUCUCACUCCAGGCGGUGAUCGCAUGCUUAGAGCUAAUAUUUUACAGCCUCCUUGUGAUUUUGACACCAUAAAUACACGUCUGGAAUGCAUAUCUGAACUAAUUCAAGAAGAAGAAUUAUUUUACAGCUUAAAGUCCGUAAUCAGCAAGUUUGUCGACACUGAGCAGUUCCUUUCAUUGUGUGUACAAAUUUCCAAGGAAGAUAAUGUUCGCAAUUGUGAACAAAAAAUUGCCAAUGUCAUAAAUUUAAAAUACUCUCUGGAACUUGUGAAGCCUUUGUCACAUUGUCUUUCUUCCUAUAAGAAUACUCUAUUCCAAACCUACUAUGAAGCUUUAUCUGAUGAAAGAUUUGCUGAUCUCCAACUGAAGAUUGGUUUAGUUAUCCACAAAGAUGCUCGUUGGGAGAAAGGUGUUCUCAAUAUGCACAUGCAAAAAUGUUUUGCUGUUAAACCUAAUAUUAAUGGCCUACUUGAUGUGGCUCGAAGGGCUUAUUGCGAAUCAGUGAAUGAUGUUUCAGAUAUUGUGCAGCAACUAGAGGCCCAGUAUAGCCUACCCUUACAAGUUGGAUACAAUUCUCUAAGAGGGUUUUUUAUUCAAAUACCUCUAAAAAAUUUUCCUGCUUCAAAAGAAUUGCCAACAAUUUUCCUGAAAGUUAAUAAAUAUAAAAACUAUAUUACAUGCACUACUGAAGAUUUGAUUAAAUUGAAUGAUCGUAUUCAGGAAUCUUUGCAUGAAAUUUAUCUCAUGAGUGACUUAAUCAUAAAUGAAGUUUUAAAUGAAAUUCGAGAUCACAUUGGUUGUCUAUACAAUUUGACUGAGGCUGUAUCAUCCAUUGAUUUCCUUUUGUCCCUUGCUCAUGUUUGCACUCUUUCUGAUCAUGUUCGCCCUAACUUCUCCAAUACCUUAGCAAUCAAGAAUGGAAGACAUCCUGUAGUUGAAAAAGUAAUAGGGACCACUUUUGUUCCAAAUGAUGUAUUCUUGUGUGAAGAAAUGAACUUCAUUAUUCUUACAGGAGCUAAUAUGAGCGGAAAAAGUACCUUUCUAAAGCAAGUGUGCCUACUUCAAAUAAUGGCUCAAAUGGGCUCUUAUGUUCCUGCUGAAUUUGCCAACUUUCGAAUAGCCGAUCAAAUCUUGACUUUAUUUGGUGAAGGCAGUGACAUAGAGAAGAAUUAUUCUACAUUUAUGCUCCAGAUGAAGGAGACCAGUCACAUUUUAAAGAAUGCCACUGAAAAAUCCUUAGUUCUUUUGGAUGAACCUGGGAAAGGUACUAAGCGUGAGGAAGGAUAUGCUAUAGCGUUUGCUAUUUGUGAAGAACUGCUGAAGACAAAGGCAUUUGUGUUCUGCUCUACACAUUUCUCUCAGCUGACUCAACUUUCUGACAUGUACCCUAACAUUGAAAACUACCAUUUUAAUGUUGAUUUAGUAGUAAAUGAAGAAGAGGGGUGCGUCUGCAACUUUACUUACAAGUUGAUCGCUGGUUCUUGUAAGGAAAAAUAUUACGGAAUUAAAUUAGCAGAACUGUCUGGAUUGCCGGAAUGUGUCUUAAAAGAGGCCCAUGAACUGGUACAAGCAUCACCAGAAGUGGAAGCCAGUAAAAAUGAAAAAGUAUUUCCCUGUAAGGAAAAUCGAGAGGAAAUCAAGUUAGCGAUUCAUCUCAUCAAUCUCGCACAGGAGUGCAAUUUGGAAGAAGACAAGCUGAAAGAUCACCUACGUGCACUGCAAUCUCAAUUUUUGUCACCAUCCUCACAGUCAGACGCAUUGGUAAAUCCUUAACAUGCCAAAUAACUUUGUGACAAGCUUUUUUUUUCCUAUUUAAUGUCCGUCGUUCUAUUCCUAAUGACUAUUUCAACACUUAAAAAGAAACUAUUUUUUGUGUACAUUUAUGUUCUUAUUUUAGAUUUAUCUUAACUUGGUAUUUCAAAGAUCUAAUAUUUUAUACCUGGUUUAAAAAAAUAAUGUUACCUACUUUUUUUUUAAUUAACCCUUUAUAUAUUGAGUCGCUGGAUAAAAUUUUAUGAAAAUUUCCCUGCUACUGCAGGGUUGCCACUCUGCAGAGAAAACCUGGAAAAUACAGGGAGUUUAAAAAUCGUCUAAAAUAGCAGGGAUAAUGCAAGGAAUUUUGAGGUUUUCCUUGCAAACUGGGAAAAUACAGGGAAUUUUGUUUCGCAUUUCCGUCUUUUGAAAAAUAGUGACCAUUCAAAGUUCAAUCUAUAGGGUAUUUCGGCUAUUUUAAACUAGUUCAUUUACUAUAGCAUUAUUAUUAAGUAUGUUCAGCUGUUCUUUAAGUUUUUUCAGCAAUUAUAACUAGUAUAGUUAGCCCAAUAUUGCACAUACACGAGCGCAGUAAUUGUUAUGUUUCCUCUUAAUAUAUCGUGUAUAAUAUGUACAUGGAAAACACAGGGAAUUUUUUUCUCCAGAUUUGAGUAGCAACCGGGUACUGUCUCGUUGAACGAGUAACAUGGGGGUAAUUUUUGAUGCAGGAAAAGCCAAAAUAUACCCACAAAGGGUUAACUUAGAUUUUAAACUGCAUUUAUUACAGAAUUGUUUCAAUUCUGUGCUUUUAAUAUCUAUGUUCAAAAUUAAAAGUAGUUCUAAAAAUGUUAUUUGGCUUUUCAUUAAAUAAGUAUUAAAUCAUUUCCACUUUAAUUAAUUUAGUUUUUUUUUUUUUUUUAAAUUAAAUUAAAUCAUAUUUGUUGGGAAACAUGUUUUUAUUUCCAGGUGCAAAAAGUUCAGUUAAAUGUCUAAAUUUUUCAUAUAAUAUAUAAAUAAUAGAAU